GUCCGUGAGACGCUGGGACCGCUUGCCCAGGGUUGUGAGCUAGGAAGGCAGCCGCUAGGCCCCUCCUCCCAUAUCCUUUGCAGAUCCAGUCGGCCUAGCAGCGUGGGGCGGCGGCGACGGCGAAGGCUGGGGCUGGGAGCAUUGGCCGCCGGGCUCCCAGCCAUGGCCGAGUCUGUGGAGCGGCUGCAGCUGCGGAUAGAGGAGCUGGAGCGGGAACUGGCCCGGGAGAGAAGUCGGCGGGCCCUACGGGGCGGCGACGGAGGCUGCGGCCGGGCCCGUAUCGAGAAGAUGAGCCCAGAGGUGGUGGACUCCAACCCCUACAGCCGACUGAUGGCACUGAAACGAAUGGGAAUUGUAAGCGACUAUGAGAAAAUCCGUACCUUUGCUGUAGCAAUAGUAGGUGUUGGUGGAGUUGGUAGUGUGACUGCUGAAAUGCUGACAAGAUGUGGCAUUGGUAAGUUGCUCCUCUUUGACUAUGACAAGGUAGAACUGGCCAAUAUGAAUAGACUUUUCUUCCAACCUCAUCAAGCAGGAUUAAGUAAAGUUCAAGCAGCAGAACAUACUUUGAGGAGCAUUAAUCCUGAUGUUCUUUUUGAAGUACACAACUACAAUAUAACCACAGUAGAAAACUUUCAACAUUUCAUGGAUAGAAUAAGUAAUGGUGGAUUAGAAGAGGGAAAGCCUGUUGACCUAGUUCUUAGCUGUGUGGACAAUUUUGAAGCUCGGAUGACAAUAAAUACAGCUUGUAAUGAACUUGGACAAACAUGGAUGGAAUCUGGGGUCAGUGAAAAUGCAGUUUCCGGGCACAUACAGCUCAUAAUUCCUGGAGAAUCUGCUUGUUUUGCGUGUGCUCCCCCACUUGUAGUUGCUGCAAAUAUUGAUGAAAAGAGUCUGAAACGAGAAGGUGUUUGUGCAGCCAGUCUUCCUACCACUAUGGGUGUGGUUGCUGGAAUCUUGGUCCAAAAUGUGUUAAAGUUUCUGUUAAAUUUUGGCACUGUUAGUUUUUACCUUGGAUACAAUGCAAUGCAGGAUUUCUUUCCUACUAUGUCCAUGAAGCCAAAUCCUCAGUGUGAUGAUAGAAAUUGCAGGAAGCAACAGGACGAAUAUAAGAAAAGGGUAGCAGCACUGCCCAAACAGGAGGUUGUUCAUGAAGAGGAAAUGAUAAUACAUGAAGACAAUGAGUGGGGUAUUGAGUUGGUAUCUGAGGUUUCAGAAGAGGAACUAAAAAAUUCUUCAGGUCCAGUUCCUGACUUACCUGAAGGAAUUACAGUGGCAUAUACAAUUCCCAAAAAGGAAAAGGAUUCUGUACCUGAGGUAACAGUGGAAGAUUCUGGUGAAAGCUUGGAAGACCUCAUGGCCAAGAUGAAGAAUAUGUAGAUAACAGACUAGCCUGUACUUUAUUUCUCAUGUUUAAGCCUAUUCCCUUCAACUGAAAUCAUUUCAGAACUGAAAAUAACUUAGGGCAACAUUAUUUGAUGUGUACUUUCCACGGAAUUAUUGUACUUGUUCAAAGUACCUUGACUGUUCCUUUUGCUUCCAGCCUUCAACUAAAAUCAACUAAGUAACUCUCCUAAAACUCAUGUGUUACUCCAUUAAGAAAACUUAAAGGGAUUAUUGUAGGCAGUUAUAAAUCAUAUUGAAAAUUUAGCCAUUGAAAUGUUUUGGCCUUUUGGGAGGGUUGGGAAGAAAGGACCAAUUUGAUGCUGUACCCCUUUUAUUUCCAGUAAUCCUUGUGGCCUCUUGCCUGAGGCCAUGGGCAAAAAAUAGUUUGUAGUUCUCAGAUACAGGGAAAAGGACAAGAGGCACAAAGUAUUGAUUAGAGCUGGCAGGCAUCUACUCAUGUUUGGAAUUGCUCUGUACAAGAAAACUGUACACAAUUAGGUUGGCCAACAAUGAAUUUAAAAUCUUUAACUUACAAAAUAAAAAUAUCCAUAUCCUCUUAAAUAGUUCCUAAUGAAAUAUAAGCUGAAAUGUAGUCAUUGGAAAAGUUUGUAAACUCGUGAAUUAUAUAUUCAAAAACAAGACAACGGCAAAUAAAAGGAAGCUUUCUUCAUGAACAGACAGAUAAAGGUACUUUGAGGAAGUAGUAAUUGUAUUU